AUGGCAACGUCCUUUUGGCCUUUAAACAUGCAAGGAUCAAAAUCUAAAGAGGUCACCAGCAACGGUCGUUGGUCUGAGCUGCGUGGCCUAGUGUGCGGCAGCUAUGUUCAGAGGUUCAACGGAGAUAGUGUCAUGGACGACGCUUGUAUCGAGUUCGUGCAAAUGAAAUCGCGACGCACGGCGAUGGCGACUGCAUUCACGUCGUGGUUGAAGGUUAACCAAACAAGGCAUGGCGGAGGAAAUAGGCACUCAAAAGCUUGA